GACGAAGGUGAAGUGAUUCAAUUUGAGACAGGAAAACUAACGGGAGCUAGUAAAUCUCGUAAAUUUCAACUUUAUCGACAAAGCACAAGCUAAAGGCCAUGGAACAAGUGCUGCAAAAUUCCCUGAUCAACGCUGCAGUUCAGUUGGAGAAACAGCUGGACGGGGAGCUGGCUCGCUUGGAUAGUCUCGGUGGCGAGGAUCUGGAAAAACUGCGCGAGCAGCGAAUUCAGGAAAUGAAGAAACAAGCUGCUCAGCGACAAGAAUGGAAAAAUAAUGGUCAUGGAGAAUACAGCGAACUCGCAGACGAGAAGGAAUUUUUUGAGGUGAGUAAAAAGUCUGCAAAUAUCGUGUGCCACUUCUAUCGCGACUCAACGCCACGGUGCCGCAUCGUGGAUAUGCACCUGAAGAUACUCGCCACUAAGCAUAUCGAAGCCAAGUUUUGUAAGGUGAAUGCCGAAAAAUGCCCAUUCUUGACACAACGUCUGCGGAUCAAGGUGAUUCCAAGUAUAGCACUGAUUAAAGACAGCAAAACCAAGGAUUACAUUGUUGGUUUCACCGAUCUCGGUAAUUGUGACGAUUUCAGCACCGACAUGCUUGAAUGGCGAAUCGCACAGUCUGGCGCAAUAAAUUAUAGUGGUGACCUCUUAACACCUCCUGAUGACCAGAAAAAGAAAAAGACUUCAACAUAUGCUGCUAAAAAAACUAUCCGCGGCGGCUACGAUUCGGAUGAUUCAGACAUUGACUUCGACGAUUGAGCCAUUUAAAUUAUUAUCAUUGUGUUUCAUUACAGUAACUGGUCCUCAAAUUGACAUCCCUAACAACAAUUCGUACAGAAAAGAUAGACCAUGCAAACAAAAAGCUUUUUACAAAAGGUGUUCCGAAACGCUUUUGCAGCGGAACUGUAGUAUAGAGCGUAUUUAGUAAAGCUUUCGAACCUCUUUAGUCAACACAUUCGCACAGGCAAUCGAAGACUUUCGGAAUGUGCCGUAUAUUCUGGAGUCUGGUCAUGUUAUCAUCGGCUAAAACCCAUUUUUAAUCUAGUGUCAAUAACAUUGAAUGCUUUCUAACUCUAUGCCGAUCUUUGUUUCUGUUACAAUGGAUAUUGAAUGCAUUCGAUCUAGUGAGUAGGAAUGUCUAUGAUUUGAUUUUGAAUUUUACCUCAGUUUAUAAUGUCCUAUGAUAGUCCUAUUCAAAAAUUGAUGGAAACUUUAAUGCUCCUAAAUUAAAACAAGUUUUUGUUAUCGUCGAGCCGAAAAAAUCAAAAAUAACGAAUAAAAAUCUUCGACGCACUUCAAUUGCUGCAACUAAUGUAGUUUUAAACUAAUAAAUAACAGUACUAGUGAUAGUUUACUUACAAUCAUGACCGUUUUUGGCGAUGAUUUCUGCUGAUUGCUAUGUAUAUCCAGACCCGUUAAUCUGUCAACAGAAAUGAAACUUUUUGAACCCAUAAAGGCAGAAACCUUUGCUAAGCAUCCUCGCGACCCAAUGUUUAGUGUCGCGUAACAAAAUAGAAUUAAGAUACCUAUCUAUAUUAUUUUGCUACUGAUUUGACGAAUUUGAAUUUGCAAAAUGCAACUUAUAGA